AAUAGCAUGAGUCGGAAGUAGUGCGGAUAACGACUUGAGUUAUUAUGUUGGUGUUUUUCGUUUUCGUCGUAUAAUACGGAAGAUAUAGAUGUUUUAUAAUGGUCAUACUGGUUAUGAUGGUAAAUAUGGAGAUCUACGAUCCUUUAUUUUGUGAAGACAGAUUUCCCUGAUUCAUCUGGAUAUUGAAGGAAAUAUGUGUCGUUGUUUUUUCGGAGAUGUUUGCGUUUUUCUGAAGUGAAAAUCCAAUGACUGUGUUUGUACUUCCGUAUAUUGCCAAUUUAAUUCAAGGGUGUUAUUUAUUGUAUUUAAAUAAUAAAAAACAUUUUGCUUUUGUUGUUAUCAACAGUUUAAACGCAGCGAUUGAGAUAUAUAGUGGAGGUCAGUGGAGACACGUUAGUGUUUUUUUUUUUAUGAAAGUGCGUUCAGAAACGUUAUAGCUUAAUUCGGAAAUUAAGGUUUGUUUCUGAUAUGCAAGAAUACCAACGGUCAUCAUGAAUAGGCGAUUCAAAUCGCCCCUGCUUCUGGCAUUCGUCGCUGCCUAUGUCAUAGCUGGCAGCUUCAUCGGUGUCGCGUCCCAGUUAAGCUCCGAAGAUUGUCCUUUGCUCUGCGAUUGCAAUCUUCUCAAUAACAACCUUGUCAACGUAACCUGCGUAGAGUUUCCAAAGAGGUUUCCUGAUUACACACGUAAUCUUCGCUUUGAGAACACAUCCAUUGAUAUCAUAAGCAUCAACUCGUUUCUAAGACUGAAGCAUUUAUAUUCCAUAAACUUCUCCAAUAUUACCAUUGGGACCAUUCAGGCCUGCUCCUUUGCGGAACUCGGUAACCUUACGGCGAUCGUGUUCCAAGGCUGCAAAAUUAAUCUCCUCCAGGGUAAUGCGUUUUCGAAUCUCUUCAAUAUCUCGAGGAUAAAAUUCAGCCAUUCCAGCAUCAACGAAAUCAGCUCGCACGCGUUCCAAAACCUUUCGUACAUCGAUGACAUUAUUUUCGAAAAUACACAAAUUGUCACCAUUCAUCCGUUCGCCUUUAGGAUGAUCAGUCACGUGCAGCAUCUUCAUAUCUCCCAUAGCAACAUAACCACACUUCUCAAAAGCGGCUUCGUGGUAAUUGAUCACGUCAUGAAUGUCUCUAUAGUCGGGAAUCAUUUCGAAGCAGUUUACUGCGACAACAUUGAUUUCCUCUUGGAAAAUGUCACCUUUCCUCUGGUCAGAAACAACACCUUCAAUUGCACGUGCUUUCUGACGUGGCUGUGGACGAGCACGGGAAAUAGGACGACCGUGAUGCGAUCCACCCCUGAACUUGGAAACACGUGCGUUGAGAAGGGAAACCUCGCCAACGUCCGUAUCGAUAGCGUCUGCCCGGACGCAUCCCAGAGGAACAAGAGCUGCACCCCGUUGCUCCCUUCGCCACCACACGUCUGUUCCAGCAACGACGACAGUCUCAGGCCACUUACGCAGCUUCCGUAUCCGACAUCCACCAAAUUGACACCGACCAACUCGGCGUCAGCGCUGAUAGAUUCGUUGGCUUGUUUGCUGUUUGUUGCGGCGGGCGCGUUGUUUGUCAUUUUGACGGUUUGAGUUGAACGCGUGGAUGUUUCAUAUAUACUCGUUUUCGAACGGAAAUGUGGAUGGUGUCCGAACUUAUUAAAAUUGCGAUUUUUGAAGACAUUCGCAAACGCGGUGUAUUAAUUACAUGAAUUAAAUCGACCUUAAAAGAAACUUUCAACUUUUAGUAAAGUGCUGCCUGUUGCUAUUUUUAAGAUUUUAAAUUUUCUAUUUAAAUGAUUUAAGUUUUACUGAAAACGGAAAAGUCGAAAUCUCGUAAUACACUUGCCAAAAAGUGUACCAUUUAGUGAAAGUAUGCGCUUUUUUAUUAUUGUUUUAAAGCAACAGAGGAGGUAAUCACUUGACACACAAGAUGACGACGUCCAUGCCGAGACAGGUAUUUUUCGCCGUUUUAUACCCUUUAUUUCUUCUAUUAAUUGUUUAAAUGCCGCUCACUUUCCAGCAAUAUCGGCAAGAUAAUCAUUAGAGUUAAUAUCGAAUUAAUAUUCGCUCUUUAUGUCGACUUUCUCGCUGCGAAAUUUCUUAGUGGGUCACAAAAUUACAGCUCCCGCUAUGACAAUUCGCAGCGAGAAAAGUCAAUAUAAAGAGCGAAUAUUAAUACGAAAUAAAAAACUUAUCACUUUCUUGCUGCUAUGGCUGGAAAGUGAGCGGCAUGUAAACAAUUAAUACAAGUAAUAAAGGGGUAUAAACCGGCAAAAAAUACCUGUCUCGGCAUAAAGGUUGCCAUCUUGUAUGUCACGUGGUUACCUCCUUUGAGAAAAAGACCCUUUGUAAUAUAGUGCGGUGUGAUAAUUAACUUGGCAUGAACAUUGUAAAUUAGCAUAUUAGCCCUUGCAAAAACUGCAGCUGCAUUGUUUCCAGAACGUAUAAAAACCUGGUAAAAUUUUAUCUGAAUGAUGAACAUUGACUGUGGGGAUUUUGAAAUGACUCUGGGGUUUUAACCCAUUUAUGCCUAGUGGACUCUCCCAUCCUUCUAAAUUGGACCAAUUUAUUUCCAAAAUUAGGGAUUUCUAGUAUAUUUAGUUCUAUAUUUAGAAUAUUUCUGAAAGAAAUUCCUUUAAGCAAACAGCGCAGACCCUGAUGAUACGCCGCAUCACGCGGCGUCUCAUCUGGGUCUACGCUGUUUGCCAAGGGCUUUUUUCUAGACGCUUGGCAUAAUUGGGUUAGGCUUGAAACCUUCGCCUAAAUAAUUAUGCAUUACGUUUAAUAGAAUGUUUAGUUUACUGCUUGAUUUAAUUCAUUUUUCUCUAACACCGAAGUGUGUGAACAGACGACUUUUCAUAGAAAUUUAAAGACGUUCAGAGUGUGCCAAACGCAUUAGGAGAUGUUUAUUUAAAGAUAUGAAUUUUGAGAACUUGUUGUUAUGUAUUUAAAUAUUUACAUAAAAUAGAAGAAAGUCAUUUA